AUGUCCGUGAGGCCACGCGUUGGAACCCUCUGGGAUGUGUCCAUACAUCAAGGAUGUGCGAAUAGCGUGGGAUUCCAAGCAUGUAUGUUCAUUGAAAAGGCCGCCCGUGUUCUUUAUAAGUUCUGUCGUCCUAGCGAGUCUUCACUUCUCAGUCUUGAAUUCAAACGCUCAAGCGCCCACAGCCCAAGCACGAUAAGUAAUACAAACAAGUCAGAAGACAGUCGUUGA